AUGAGUAAACUUGUGUUAUUUCAAAACUUGGUUUACUCGGAACAGUUUGAUAUCGUAUGUGUGUGUGAAACUUGGCUUCAUGAGGGCGUUUUGGAUAAUGAAAUUCUCCAAAACUAUACUGUAUAUCGAAAUGAUCGUUUGAAUAGUAGAGGCGGCAGGGUUUUAGUUGCUAUCAAAUCUGACCUUCGCUCGAUUAGAAGAAAUCAUCUCGAGGGAACAAAUUGCGAACAAGUUAUGGUUGAAGUAUUCCCUUUGGGCCACCCUAAGUUAAUUAUUGGUGUAUUUUACCGACCACCUAACGACAAUAUAGACUCACUUCUAGAAUUGCAUUCAAGCCUUGAUAAAUUGGAUGAAUCUUGUCGACUUAUACUUGCCAGAGAUUUUAAUUUACCUAAAAUUGACUGGUCCCACGAUUACCCCACACCAGCUUCAAAUAAUAACCAAAAUGAAGAACUAUUUUGUGAAAUUAUAGCUGACAACUUCCUUAGUGACUUGGUUACUGGCCCUACCCACAUACAAGGAAAUAAGCUUGAUUGUAUUCUUUGCAAUCAUACAAGCAUGAUAUCGAAUGUGACUUGUACUCAACUGCAUAACAUUUUCCCCACAGACCAUUAUUUAAUCAACUUCGAGAUAAAUAUUUGCUGUAAUAGAGCUAAACCAGUGAAACGUUCUGUCUAUGAUUAUAAGAGUGCUGAUUUUCCCGGCCUUCGCACACAUCUUAACUAUGUUCCUCUUGACCUAGCAAUAUCCGAAAAGACGGACAUAAAUGAAUGCUGGCAAAUUUGGAAGGACUUGUUUUUAACCUCUGUUGAGGAAUUUGUGCCAAAGAAAACGGUCUCUGAUAAGAAUACACCUCCCUGGAUUGAUCGCGAAGUGAAAUAUCUCAUUAAAAAAAAUACACGGCCUUGCGCCGCUAUCGCUUAA